CGAGGACAGGGAGAGUACCCGGGGCUGGUCUGCUGAGGGCGCGGGUGCCGAGGGUGCCCGAAGUCGCCCGACCCCGCAUAAAAGUAGCCGGUCACGCGUUUCCCCCCUUCACCAUCCCCAUCCCGUCGUCCUCACCGUCGCCCGUCGCCCAUCCUCCCCACCUCACCCUCCACGACGCCCGCCAUGUUCGCCCGCAGCGCAGCCCGCAAGCUCUCCGCCCGCCAGUUCUCCUCUUCUGCUGCGCGCAGCACCAAGGUCACCGUCCUCGGCGCUGGCGGAGGUAUCGGACAACCGCUCUCCCUCCUCCUCAAGCUCGACCCCCACGUCCAGAGGCUCAACCUCUACGAUAUCCGCGGUGCACCUGGUGUCGCCGCGGACGUGAGCCAUAUUGACUCCGCCAGCGAUGUCAAGGGCUUCGAGGCCGACAAGCUCGAGGAGGCUCUCGAGGGCGCAGAGGUCAUUGUCGUCCCUGCUGGUGUUCCCCGCAAGCCCGGCAUGACCCGUGACGACCUCUUCAGCACAAACGCGUCCGUCAUCCGCGACCUCGCGACGGUCGCCGCCCGGGUCGCGCCCAAGGCGCACCUCUGCAUCAUCACCAACCCGGUCAACUCGAUGGUGCCGAUCGCCUCGCGCGUGUACGAGCGAGCGGGUGUGUACGACCCGAAGCGGAUCUUUGGUGUCUCCACGCUCGACGUCGUCCGCGCGUCACGCUUCCUCGCGGGCAUCGUCGGCGGCGAUCCCGCGGACGCGCCUGUCACCGUCAUCGGCGGCCACAGCGGUGAGACGAUCGUGCCCCUCUUCUCCCAGACGCCCGCGGCCAAGGGUGUCACCGGCGAGGCAUACAAGAAGCUCGUGCACCGCGUGCAGUUCGGUGGUGACGAGGUCGUCCAGGCCAAGGCCGGCGCGGGCUCGGCUACCCUUUCGAUGGCGUACGCCGGUGCGAAGUUCGCGAACACCCUCCUCCGCGCUAUUGCGGGCGAGAAGGGCGUCAUCACCCCCUCGUAUGUCCGCAGCCCGCUCUACGAGAGCGAGGGCAUCGACUUCUUCGCGUCCAACAUUGAGCUUGGCCCCAACGGUGUCGACAAGAUCCACCCUCUCGGCCAGCUCACCGCGGAGGAGGAGGAGUACCUCAAGGCCUGCAAGGAUGGUCUCAGGAAGAACAUUCAGAAGGGCUUCGCGUUCCUCGAGUAGAUGGACAGCAUAAAAAGCAUGUACUAGAUGCAACUAUGUUGAGACGUAGACAUCUGCUAUCUGUAUUUUGCCAGCGAUAUGCAAGAGUCUGUUUGGCAGUGGCUCUCCAAGUCGAGCAGAUCCCCGCGCGGUAUGCGGCGUCGGCGUCCGUGCUUGUAUUGCUCGCAUCCCUUGCGCAUUCGGCAGAUUUGACGGGGUAAGCUUCGCUUGUCCAGACAAUAUGUUCAAUGAACGAACUGGCCAUGAAGCUGUAAAGUGAGCAAUGCUG